UUAUGUGCUACAAACCCAAACACUAUGCACACAGCUGCUAGCUAAACAAGGAUAGUAAAAAGGGGCACAGGCCUAAUGUUACUGCAGUUAUUUUGAUACAUUUGUUUUUAAUGUGGUAACAGCACAUAGCACCUUCUUUUUACAUCGUAUUUGCACAUUUUGUAAUUGUAGUUAGCCGCUGCGGUCUCAUGAUUUUACUGAAAACCGAAAAUAAGAGUUAAGACGUUGCUUUGAUGUGUGUGGCAUCAAGACAGGAAGCACCAUGAGUGCGGAGGUGGAUGCAUUGACUGUAGUGAACCAGCUGCGAGAUCUUGCUGCGGACCCCCUGAACCGAAGAGCGAUAGUAGAAGACCAAGGCUGUCUGCCAGGUCUCAUCCUUUUUUUGGACCACCCGAAUCCACAGGUCGUCUACUCUGCACUAUUGGCCGUGCGCUACCUGGCAGAAUGUCGAGCGAACAGAGAGAAGAUGAAAGCGGAGCUGGGCAUGAUGCUGAGUUUGCAGAAUGUCAUGCAGAAGAGUACAUCACCUGGAGAAACCAAGCUGCUGGCUUCUGAGAUAUAUGAGAUUCUGCAGUCAGCUGGUAAAGAAGAAGCCGAACAGGCGGAGGCAGCUGCUGCCUCCUGCCGGCGUAAAGCCCACUUCUUCCUGGGCUCCAACAACAAGAGGGCCAAAACAGUGGUGUUGCACAUCGAUGGACUGGAUGACCCCACUCGAAGGAGCCUGUGUGAGGAAGCGCUGUUAAAGAUCAGAGGGGUCAUCAGUUUCACCUUCCAGAUGGCUGUCAAGAGAUGUGUUGUCAGGAUCCGCUCUGACCUUAAAGCUGAGGCAUUAGGCACAGCAAUUAACUCCACAAAAGUCAUGAAGGCCCAGCAGGUGGUAAAGACAGAGGAUGGAGGAGAGCUCAUCUUGCCAUUCCAGGAGGACACUGCGGUGCUGGUAGAGGAGAACACAGACAUCCCAGAUUACCUGCCAGAGGAGGAAAGUCCAUCCCAGGAGCAGGACAAGGCGGUGACACGCGUAGGCUCUAUUACAGACGGCAUGGGCUGGCUCAGCACGGCCGCCAACUUCCUGUCCCGCUCCUUUUACUGGUGACCACUUCUUCUGAUUAUCUCUAUGCUUCCUAUUUACCCUGAAAACACCAUCCAGCUGCAGCCUUAGCGCCUCUCAGCUUAGCCACAGUUGAAACCCUGUCAGUAGCCUAUUGUCCCCUCGGUAACAUGAGUGCCAUGUGUGCGCAACAAGUGCUGGACUGCCAAGCUGACCAUGCAAUAACUGUAAUGUACAUAUUGAACAGCAGCGUUCCCACAACUGUCUGUUUGCUCAUGACAUAACCAGAGAACUUUUAAUCAGCAGAAACCAAAUAGCAAUCUGGAAACAUAUUUAGCUGGAAGCUUAUUUAAUUACUCUGAAGAUAAUUUUGCAUACUUUGAAAAAUGGGAGUUCCUUUUAACGUGCUCAACCUUCACCGUCACUUUCAUUAUUCUAUGUAGAGUAGAUGUUUAUUCUUUGUUUUCUUCCCAUUUACCUCUUUAGCAUGCUAUGACUAUUUUGUGCCGAUCUCGCCUGAUCUAUGGUUAUUGUUUGUGCCUUUUUGACAUUUCACUCUGAUUAUUUGUUUUCAAGCUCCAAGCAUGUCACAUGUUCUGUUUUACUUUCAUACUGUAUUGUUGCUGUUGGUUAAUUUCAGUAUAUGCGAUAAGCUACACACCAGUCAUAUAUAAAUCUUUUGAUGGAUGAGAAAAGAACAACUGUUUAUGUAUUCGACCGAUCAAUAAUAACACUCACUGCUUUUAGUUAUUUCUGCCACAAAUCAAAACUGCUCUGAUGGUACGAUAAUGCAGGAAUUCAUCAAAUGUGAGUCCUGCUGUGUCAGUGACUUGACUGACAGCUAAUGUGUUAAUUGCACAGACUUUAGGCUACCUCGGCUUUCAGUGUCCUACGUCACAUCAGUAUCGUGAUAUGUGCAGUAGUUUUUAGUAAAACCCUAGAUCUGCAUGAGGAUACAGACUUGUUUGCUGCCUGCUUCCGUACCUGGACUCCUACUGACAUUUCUACAGUAUUGUAGCUCCACUUGUUCAGUUCCAUUUCUCAGUUGAGCCAACAGUGUCCUUACAGCUAAGCUCAUGUUGGUACACACACACACACACACACACACACACACACACACACACACACACACACACACACACACACACACACACACACACACACACACACACACACACACACACACACAGCAGACUAACUAAUGCUGUCAUGAGCAGUAGUGCUACUCUCCAACACUGUGUGUGUAUGUACAUUUUGUAAAUGGUGCCUGAUUCCCUUAGAUCUCAGACGUUACACAAGAAGGGUCUUUCUUUUGUUUUUGUAAUACUGACAUUAGGUCACAAAUUAUGAUCAGUACCAUUUUUCCUGGAUUCCUUCCUGUUACUCACACUAAGUUUGUAAUUAUCUUGUCAAACUUGUGUGACCUUCAUUAACAUUCAUUACACUCAAUGCUGAUGAAGAUACUUCUGUUGUUUGAUAGUGCAGAGGGUUGAGGUCAUUCCAGUAAAGGAUUGGCACAGAAUGACCUGAAUAAUCAUACUUGACAGUGGCUAAUUCCUGGAGACGCAAUAAGAUUUUUAACAUUAAAUAGAGCAACAAUAAUUCAGCAACAGUCUUUAAAAUAAUUGAUGAUUAACUGGUAUUAGUUGCAAGUUGCACUCAUCAGUGUUAAACAUUUUUAUUUGCACAUAGUUCAUCUCUAAGUUGUAUCAGGUAUUUUAAUUUUAAUAUUUGUGUUUUCAGCUCAUUCUGCAAAGAACAAAUACUUGAAGACUUUUUCUUUCGUCUUAAGUGUUGAUCAAAUUGCAAAUUUUCCUUUCCUCUCAAAUUUUCCACAGAUGUAAUGUUGACGAGUCGUUGUAAACGUAAUCAUACGAAGCAUAACUUCAUGUGUACAGAAACCAUCUACCAACAAAUGUAAUAUAAUAAUGUAUCUAAGCUGUAGAUUCCCAUACACUGUUAAUGGAAAUGAUAAACUUCAAAUCUGAA